CCCCUCCCCACCCACCCUCCGGCGGCGGCGCCCACCGAUCUCCUCCCCGGACUUGUUCCCUACUCCAGAUGCUACCAUCCAGAUGAUGAAGGAAGAUCAAAUUCUUUCUGCAAUCGGAUUGGGAGAAGCAAGGGAAAGGUGCCAAUUUCGUUCUGUCUUCGGAUUCCAAGGAGAAACGGAUCAAUUUCGAUUUGUAUUAGAAAAAGGAGUUGUUUUUAUAUGUCUGCUUCUCGUGAGAUAAUAGUAAAUCGGUCGGUUUACGAUUCGGAAGCCUCAGCUCCUCCGUCUCCGUCUCUUUUUUGGGUAGUAUCGGACUUCUUCUGCGAGUAGGAUCGGAGGAGUCUAUAACAAGUUCAGGCCGAGCGUUCACCAUUGUCGCGAUAUCGUCGUUUCAAUAAUUAUUAUCUCUGCUUAUUGCGUCGCCAUGGAGCUUAAUAGGUGUCGCCGCGGCCGACGUGAUUCGAAGAGAGAAGCUAGUAAUGGGGGCUCCCUAAGCGAACUGCCUGCUGAAGUACAAGCUUGUAAUGGGGACAUGCUAAGGGAGCUGCCUGCUGACUUAGAAGCUGGCGAUAGGGACAGGCUAAGCGAGCUGCCUGCUGAUUUGCUGCUCAACAUUCUGGAGAGGGUGGGUACCCUCGAUGCUGUAAAAACCUGCAUACUUUCCAAAAAAAUGCAGAAGCUGCCCACUAUGCUCUCGCAGAUUGUGAUUGAUCUUAGCACUGAUGACUUGGUCCGCAUUCACACCGUCGUGGCCAAUGUUACGAACAAGAUCCUCAAUGCAAGGUCUUCGAAGAUCACCAUUCGUAAGCUGAAGCUCAAAUUCUUUUUGAGUCCUUCUCACUGUCUCUCCAUUGGCAAAUGUGUUGGCCUCGCCAUGGCGGACCAGAAAGUGGACUCAGCUGAGUUUGAGAUCUUGACGCCCAGGAAUGGUCAUCUUUGCACCGAAGCCUACCGCCUGUUCUUUGCUGACCAGUUCAAUGAUUUUUUUCGUGAUUGCCCAGAUGCAUUUGCUGGCCUCACGGGGCUGCAUCUACAAUACAUGAGGUUUGGUGAAUCAGACAUAACCAACAUCCUAAGCUAUUGCAAGCAGCUGGAGUCACUAUCUUUGUUCAUGUGUGACGAGGGGGUCUCUUCGGUGCUGCAUGUAGAACACGCACGACUCGUGGAGCUUGUUAUCUCCUAUUGUGAAUUCAAAACAGUGGAGCUCACCUUUCUACCAAAGCUCCAGCGGAUGACCUUUAAUAGUUGGCCCUCCUGUGCUGAACAUCCCUUGGCUAUUGGUUUUGUCCCUGAGCUUUCGAAGCUGAGCCUUGCUAAGGCAUGUUUUUCACACAAGACACUCAAGCUAAGCCAGCUGCUUGCUAAUGUCCCCUCCGUAAACGAUCUGUCCCUGGAAUUUCGAAGUGAAAAGAUGACGGAGCCCAGGAGCCAGAUGUCACCGCCGAUGCCUACUACUACGUGGAGACCGCCGACGACCAGGAGU